CUUUAACUUCCGGCAUUCGUGCGGCGCUCAGACAGGAGGCGAACCAAGCAUGGCAGACUUCUCGGAGAGGUCACUGCAAGCGGCCGUCGUCGUCUCCUUCCUGGCUGGAUUCGCGGCCGGCUGGCAGGCCAACAGGAUGCGGAGGAAAUACCUGGACUGGAGGAAGAAGAGACUUCAGGAUAAACUGACGGAGACGCAGAAGAAACUGGACCUGUCGUGAAGCAGCUGUGGGGACAUUUCUGUCCUGAGGACGGAUGCUGGACGUCCUUGGACUUUCGGUGUAGAAGAGCAGGGAUGGAUCCUGGACUCUUUGCCAUUUCCCAAACUGGGACAGAGACUUCAAUGGUUGUCCGCCUAUCUAUGUGUCAUUUUCUAUGUGUCAAACAAAUGGUAUUCUAACAUCUAACACCACAAAAAGAACAAAAAAAAAAGAACCUAUGCACACAUAUGUCGUCAAUAUUACCAAUGUGUAUCAUGCCAGCUUGAACAAAUACACUUUUAAUUCUUCAAAAGAUGACCUUUUCAUUUGUGUGUAGUAGGUUUCUAUGUCAGGUUGCUUGUAGCAUCAUACACAAGUGAUCAUAAGAUUUCAAUUGUUUUACCUGCAAACUGCAGUAAUAUCUACAAUAAUAACCAUAGUGUUAAAUGAAUGCCGGGUAAAUCUGACCAAAUUGUUUUUCUAUAACAGUAACAUUGUGAUUUGCAAGAAAAAGAGGAAAAUGUAUUUUACGGGAAAUGUUAGAAAGUAAGGUGGAGAUAACAAAAAGAGUAAUAAUCAAUAACAAAUUAUAGCAUGAUAGUGGUAUGAUUAAAGUCAGUGUGUGUAUUAAAUCUAAAAUAUGAGUUUCACCUUUUGAAGUGAAAUAAAUUGGCAUUCAAACAAUUAUGGAGAUGCACUAAGUAGUCGUUACUUUGUGCGAUGGCGCCCUCUGCUGGCCAAACCAAUCACAAGCACUAAAAUCUUCAAAAAAAAAAACUUAAUUUAGACAAACAAAAUCUGCCUUUACAAUAUUAAUGCUCAGUUUUAAGCAACAACAUGAUUCCAUAUGGAAAAGCAGAAUAGUGCAGGUGUACCUAAAGAUGUGGCCAGCGGUUGAAGCUUUUACAAGCUUGUUUAUUCCUGUCAGUAGGUGGCGCUAGUGCUCUUUAGGAUGACCUUUUUCCAUGAACGGCACGCAAGCACUAGGUUCCAAUUACUAGUGAGAAGACGUGAGAAAAGCUGCUGUAUGUCAUCAAAAGGAUGGAGGAGGAAUCAAGCCACGCCAUUUAAUAACACGUCCAUAAUAUGCAAAUAUGAAAUAUGACACUGCUCUGACAACAGCUUAAGAGCUUUAUGGGACUCUUCAGUGCUUCAUAUUAUAAAGUGCUGAGUCAGAAGGGAAAUAAAGUGCAGGUGCUAUUUAAUUAUACCUUCAUUUAUAUGAGUCGGGUCACUGCAAAUGCUUUACAAAAAAGCUAACACGUCAGCAUUGGAGUAGAAAGCACUUACAGGAUCAACAAAACUUUGGAAGAACCCCCCCAAAAAAUAUUUGAUACUUUUACAAGGCCUGAAUAUUGCAAAACCUUCACUUAUUAGCAGAAAACAGAACUAGCUUGUGUAGCCUUAUAGCCUGCUGGCUAUGACUGGUUGACACGCAUAAUUUCUUUCUGGUAAAUUUACAACUUUUCUCAUAAAUGCGCAACUCUUCUCAUACAUUUACAACUUUAACAUAAAUUUAUGAUUGUCAUAAUAUUCACAUUUUUUUCCUGGUAAUUUUACGACUUUUCCCGUAUAUUUAUGUCAUAAUAUUCCAACACUUUCUUGUAAAUUUAUGACUCUUUUUCUCUUCUCUUUUUCUCCUUCUUGAGAUUUACAACUUUUUCUUCGUAAGUUUAUGACUUUAUUCUCAAAUUUAUGACUGAAUUAUGAAUAUUCCAUUUUUUUCCUGGUGAACUUCAGACUUUUCCUGUAAAUGUACAUAUUAAUAUUCCAACAUUUUCUUGUAAAUUUAUGACUUUUCUCAGAGAUUUACAACUUUAUUCUCAAAUUUAUGACAUAAAUGUCUUACAGGUAAAUUUAAGA